AAAUGGGCACAGAUCUCCCAGGGCCGGUGGCGAUGCCUGGUGCAGUGGUGGGCGUGGGCCAGGUCAGAAUGGCCGGGUCCAUGCCAGGCAGAGGAGGCAAGAGAAGAUCGGGCGGAAUGGACUUUGACGAUGAGGACGGGGAAGGGCCCAGCAAAUUCUCAAGGUAUGAUGAUGAUCAGAUCCCUGCUGAUAAAGAGAGAUAUGCCAGGGAAAACCACAGUGAGAUCGAGCGCCGCAGACGCAACAAGAUGACCCAGUACAUCACAGAGCUGUCAGACAUGGUGCCCACCUGCAGCGCCCUGGCUCGCAAGCCCGACAAGCUGACCAUCCUGCGCAUGGCCGUGUCGCACAUGAAGUCCAUGAGGGGCACCGGGAACACCUCCACCGACGGAGCCUACAAGCCCUCCUUCCUCACCGAACAGGAGCUGAAGCACCUGAUCCUGGAGGCAGCUGACGGUUUCCUGUUUGUAGUGGCGGCCGAGACGGGGCGGGUGAUCUACGUGUCGGAUUCGGUGACGCCCGUGCUGAACCAUCCCCAGUCCGAAUGGCUGGGCAGCACGCUCUACGAGCAGGUCCACCCCGAUGACGUGGACAAGCUCAGGGAGCAGCUCAGCACUUCGGAGAACUCCAUGACUGGCCGUAUCCUGGACCUGAAGACAGGCACGGUGAAGAAGGAAGGCCAGCAGUCCUCCAUGAGGAUGUGUAUGGGCUCCAGACGCUCCUUCAUCUGCAGAAUGAGGUGUGGCAGCGCUCCUUUGGAUCACAUCUCUCUGAACCGUCUGUCCAACAUGAGAAAGAGAUACAGGAAUGGCUUAGGGCCUUCCAAGGAAGGUGAGGCACAGUACUCCGUGGUUCACUGUACCGGCUACAUCAAAGCCUGGCCGCCAGCAGGCAUGACUAUACCUGACGAGGACUCCGAGGGAGGCCAGACAAGCAAGUACUGCCUGGUGGCUAUUGGAAGACUUCAGGUAACCAGCUCUCCUGUCUCCAUGGACAUGAAUGGCCUGUCCGUCCCCACAGAGUUUCUCUCCCGCCACAACUCCGACGGCAUCAUCACCUUCGUGGACCCCCGCUGCAUCAACGUGAUUGGUUACCAGCCACAGGAUCUGCUCGGGAAAGACAUCCUGGAAUUCUGCCAUCCGGAGGACCAGAGCCACUUGCGGGAAAGCUUUCAGCAGGUGGUGAAGCUAAAAGGCCAGGUGCUGUCGGUGAUGUACCGCUUCCGCAUGAAGAACCGUGAGUGGAUGCUAAUCCGGACCAGCAGCUUCACCUUCCAGAAUCCCUACUCAGACGAGAUCGAGUACAUCAUCUGCACCAACACCAACGUCAAGCAGCUCCAGCAGCAGCAGCAGGCCGAGCUGGAGGUCCAUCAGAGGGAUGGCCUGACCGCCUACGACCUCUCCCAGGUGCCCGUCCCUAAUGUCCCCUCGGGAGUGCACGAGACUGGGAAGGCCAUCGACAAAACUGAGGCCAUGUUCUCCCAGGAGAGGGACCCCCGCUUCGCUGACAUGUAUUCUGGCAUCUCUGGAUCUGAUAAGAAGAUGAUGGUCCCAUCGUCCACAGCAGGGAGCCAGCAAAUCUACUCCCAAGGAAGUCCCUUUCAGCCGGGCCACGCUGGAAAAAAUUUCAGCUCAUCAGUGAUCCAUGUGCCGGGGGUCAACGACAUCCAGCCGUCUGCGUCCGCGGGGCAGAAUCUAGCCCAGAUCUCCAGACAGCUCAAUCCCGGCCAGGUGUCCUGGACAGGAAGCAGACCUCCUUUCUCAGGCCAGCAACUCCCUGCACAGUCCAGCAAGGCCCAGUCGUCUCCGUUUGGGAUCGGCUCCAGCCACAGCUACCAGGCUGACCCGUCCUCCUACAGCCCGCUGUCCAGCCCGGCCACUUCCUCCCCCAGUGGCAACGCCUACUCCAACCUAGCCAAUCGCAGCACAGCCUUUGAUGUGUCAGCAGAGGGCAGUCAGAGCGGAGGGCAGUUCCAGGGCAGGCCGUCGGAGGUGUGGUCCCAGUGGCAGAGCCAGCACCACGGCCAGCAAGGGGGAGAGCAGCACCCCCACCCCCAGCCCAGCCAGACAGAGGUGUUCCAGGAUAUGUUGCCAAUGGCCGGAGAUCCCACACAGGGUACAGCCAAUUACAACAUUGAAGAUUUUGCAGACUUGGGCAUGUUCCCUCCAUUUUCUGAGUAAGGACGGUGGUCCAGGUGAACAGAACUCUUUUUUUUUUUUUUUUUUUUUUUGUGGCUCUCAUCUCAACUCACCAGUAAACUUAACAGCACUCCGCAGCGGGGAUGUGUGGAUGCACCCCCCUGCUCUUCACAUCGUCUUCAUCCUCCUCCAGGCACUGAGGCAGGAUCUCUCAACUCACACACACACACCCCCCCCACACACAAGGACACUCAGGCACCUCACUCCCUCUCUAUCUCGCCCUCUCUCUCUCUCUCCUGGGGGGCAAAGAUGGCUAUUUCACAGAGAUAGUCGAGAGAUGCCCCUUUUUUUAAAUAUAUGUUCACAUAUAUUUGAUGCCUAUUUUUCAGAGUCUUUAUAUGGAAAAGAAGGGAAUUUUCCGUUGGUAUUUUUUCCUUGCACUUCACUUUAACGUUGCCAAACCUCACCAGGCUCAGUGACACAGGACAUGCUGAUGUAAGCCUCUUCAGCACCAGCACACGUGACUCUUCUCGUGGGGAAAAAAAAAUAUCGUACUAUAUAUGUAGUGAUGUCCAUAACCUAGGUAAACUAAUAACAGUGUAGAAGAAUCUUGUGUAAAAUUGAAAAAAAUGUUAAAAAAUUAAAAGACGAUACAUAAAAGUAAAUGAUGCAAACAUACAAAAUGAACAUUUUCAAAGAAGUUGCUAAACGUUACAGCUUGAAGUGCACUUCAUUUAAGCUUUUAUCACCAGCCUCCUGUCUUUUCAGAAAGGAAAACCGCCAUACAGUGAAAGCAUUGCGCAAUAUGUGUUGCAUUCUUGUGGCUGCCGCAGUUAUUUGUUACUUUUACCUUUUCAAGUAAUAACAUAGACUUUAUGGUCUAGAACUUUUACAUGACUGAUUGUAUUAUGUCACAGAAAGAGUAAUGAGAUGACCUUGAAGUGAAGAAUUCUUUUGCUAAAUCAAAAUGUUUUUGUAAAUAAUGUGAUUUUGAUUUUUUUUUUUGUUGUCAAAUUGUGUUCUCUUUCACAUACACAGCAAAUAUACAUAUUUGUGUAGGUUUAAUUUCAUUGUGUGUAAUGUGAGUGGUACAUAUUUAACUAUUGGUAUUUAGUUAGCUUGUUAAUUGUACAUUGCGUUUAGACUUGUAUAAAUUGUGUAAAUGUGCCCCAUUAUUUUUGUGUAACUUUAAACAAAACAACUGUGCUUGUGACAAUAAAUUUUCAUUGGUUAUGUGGCUUUGAAAAAGA